AUGAAUGAGUCAAACCCAUUUGGAGAGGUACAUGCCACUACUAAUAGUGAAGUUGGUUCAUCAUCCGCAUCCGUAUCCACAUCCACAUCCGCAUCCGCAUCUUCUUCAACACCUUCAUCCACUUUACCUAACCCUCAAACACUAACUCAAAGUACACCUCAACCAUCUCAACCGAGUGGUCUUCCACCAUUACCUCAUUCCGGCCUAAAAAGAGAAAAAUCGGAAGUAUGGGAUCACUUUGAGAAAUAUGAAGAAGUGGUUGAGAGUGUAAAGGAGGAUGAGAGCAAAUAUGCAACCACUAAGAAGAGAGCUAGGUGCAAGUAUUGCACUAUGAGCUAUGCAGCAGACUCUACUAGAAAUGGGACCUCAAAUUUGAGGAAACAUAUUGAAAACUUAUGUAAGAAAUAUCCGGGGAGGGUUCCUAAAGAUAAACGGCAAAAGCUCUUGUCUUUUGACCAAGAACAUGGGGUUCUUACAUCAACAAUGCAUGGUAAAGAAGAGUGGUUAAAGGCAUGUGUAGAGAUGGUAGUAAUGGAUGAGAUGCCGUUUAGUGUGGUUGAAGGAAAAGGGUUUAGGCGGUUUUGUAAUUCUUUGAACCCCCAUUUCCAAGUGCCAUCUCGUAGGACACUUGUGAGGCAUUUCAUGGUAAUGUAUGAUGCCAUGAAACAAAAAUUGAAAGAAGAAUUAGCACCACAUAGAGUAUGCCUCACAACGGACACUUGGACAAGUGUUCAAAACAUCAAUUACAUGGUCAUCACGGCACACUUCAUAGAUGGUGAUUGGAACUUGCACAAAAGAAUCUUGAACUUUUGUGUGAUUUCCAAUCACAAGGGGAACUCAAUUGGUAAACUUCUUGAGUCAUGCUUGCUUGAUUGGGAUAUGAAGAAGAUAUUAACCAUCACGGCCGAUAAUGCUUCGUCAAACACAAAGGCUAUAGAUUACUUGAAGUCGAAAAUGGGUCAUUGGGGAAAUGGUAGUCUUUUAUUAGAGGGAAAGUAUAUGCACAUUAGGUGUUGUGCUCAUAUUGUGAAUUUGAUAGUUCGUGAUGGGUUGAAGAAGUUGGAAAAAAGCAUAGUGUGUAUAAGAAAUGCUGUGAAGUAUGUAAGAUCUUCUCCCAAAAGGUUAGAGGACUUUAAGAGUUGUGUUAAGAAAGAGCAAAUUGAAUGCAAAGGGCUUGUGGUGUUGGAUGUGCCAACAAGGUGGAAUUCCACAUAUAUGAUGUUGGAAGCUGCCUUAAAGUUUGAAAAAGCAUUUUGGAGAAUGGGAGAAGAUGAUGAAGGCCCAUAUAUUUCUUGGUUUGGUGAAGAUGAACCGGAUCUUGAAGUGGGGUGGUUAUGUCUCAUUACCCUAGAAAGAGGGAAGGACCACCAACUAAUGAAGAUUGGAACAAUGCUCGUACCUUUGUGA